AUGCUGACUUCUCAUCAGCAUCACGAUGAUGAAGGCAACCCCGCCCUCUUAGUUUUCAAGGUGUCCGGUGACGCCGGCCCCUCCCUUCCUUCCCCGGGACGGAGAGAGAGAAGAGAAGAGAGAAGCGGCAGGCCGCCGCCCCCGCGGUGUCCCCGGAGGCCUCUCGCCGGCCCGCCGCUCAUUACAGCCACGGACCCCGAGCGAGCGAGCGGGCGGGAUCUACCCUCAGCGAGAAUGUCCGCCGCGGCGUCCCUGACGCUGCUGGCCCUGCUGCUGAGCCUGGCCCCGGCGCCCAGUCGGGAAGGCUGCCCGUCGGCCUGCCGAUGCUUUUUGGCCAUGCUGCAGUGCCUGGAGCCUGACGGGAUCGCCGGCAUCCCGGCUCUGACUCCGCAGGAGAGCGAGAACGUGACGGAGAUCUACAUUGAAAACCAAGCCGGCCUGGAAAACAUCACUCAAGCGGAGCUCAGCAACUACAGAGAGCUAAAAAACCUAACAGUGACAUCAUGCAAACUGAGACACAUCGCUGCCGACGCCUUCCGCUACAACUUCAAACUGCAAUACGUGAACUUGGCCUCCAACUCUCUGGAGAAGAUCUCUUGGCGGGUCUUUCAUUUUCUCCCCCUUCUCAACCUGGUUCUGCUGGACAACCCGCUGGUUUGCUCCUGCGACCUCCACUGGCUGCAGCACUGGCAGCGCAAUCAGCGCGCCGAUCUGGACGACCACCCCUUGACGUGUCUCUCCGCCGGACGGGAAGUGCUGCUCGCCUCCCUCGUCAUUGAAAACUGCAGUUUGCCCGAGGUCACCAUUCUGCCCUCCAACAACAAAGUCGAGGAGGGGGGCAACCUCACCUUUGAGUGUCACGUGACAGGAAGUCCCACCCCGCAAGUCAAGUGGCGUACGGACGUACUCCAUUCACGUUCAGUUGCCCAGGAGAGAAUCUGGGGUUCCACACUGGAGGUGCUCCUGUACCUCAGCAACGUCUCAUCCAGGGACAACCUGCACAAUCUGACCUGCCAGGCCGAGAACCAAGCCGGACCCGGGGAGGAUGUGGUGCAGCUGGACAUUGAGUUCCCGGCCAAGAUCCUGUACCUGAGGGACGCGGUUCCCAUGCACCACUGGUGCUUCCCUUUCGCCGUGGACGGCAACCCUGAAGCCAACAUCAGCUGGCUGUACGAAGGCUCGGAGCUGAAGGAGACCAUCUUCGCAUACACGCAGAUCAUCCCGGACUCCGGCGAUGGCUCCGAGAAGCACGGCUGCCUCUUCCUGGAUAAACCCACGCAUUUGAACAACGGCCGCUACACGCUGCUGGUGGAAAACAAGCUGGGCGGGGCCCGGGCCAACGCCAUCGGCGUGUUCAUGGACAACCCUUUCGGACUCGAUCCCGAGGGCAUCAUUCCCGUCAUCAAUGUGGAUCCAAUUCCCACCAACAAGUCCGUCGUGGACGUCACCGAGAACCUGGAGAGUCGAGUCUUUGUGGUGUCGGUGGCCGUGGGUCUGGCGCUGUUUGCGUGCACCUUCUUACUGCUCACCGUCUUGGUUAUCAACAAAUGCGGACACAACUCCAAAUUCGGCAUUCACCGCUCGUCGCCACUGGGCACCGAGGACGACUUGGCGGUGUCGCUGCGCUUCAUGAACUUGGGGAGCAGCCCGCCAUCGUCGGACGAAGACUCGGGGGUGUCCAGCUUCGUGGAGAACCCGCAGUACUUCUGCGGGAUCAUAAAGGACAAAGACAUGUGCGUCCGGCACAUCAAGCGGGCCGAUAUCCUUCUCAAGUGGGAGCUGGGCGAAGGCGCUUUCGGGAAAGUCUACCUGGCCGAGUGCGCCAACCUCAGCCCCGACACUGACAAGAUGUUGGUCGCCAUCAAGACGCUGAAGGACGCCAACGAGUCGACGCGUCAGGACUUCCAGAGGGAGGCGGAGCUCCUGACGGUUCUGCAGCAUCAGCACAUCGUGCGCUUCUACGGCGUGUGCGCCGACGGAGAACCGCUCGCCAUGGUCUUCGAGUACAUGCGCCACGGCGACCUCAACCGCUUCCUCAGAGCCCACGGCCCCGACGCGGGAAUCCUGGAGGAGCCCAAGACGACGGCGGGCGAGCUGAGCGUGCCUCAGAUGCUGCACAUCGCGGCCCAGAUCGCGUCGGGGAUGGUCUACCUGGCCUCGCUGCACUUUGUCCACCGAGACCUGGCCACCCGCAACUGCCUGGUGGGAGAAGGCCUGGUGGUCAAAAUCGGAGACUUCGGCAUGUCCAGGGACAUCUAUAGCACCGAUUACUAUCGGGUGGGGGGCCGCACCAUGCUGCCCAUCCGUUGGAUGCCACCCGAGAGCAUCAUGUAUCGCAAGUUCACCACGGAGAGCGACAUCUGGAGCUUGGGCGUGGUCCUCUGGGAGAUCUUCACCUACGGCAAACAGCCUUGGUACCAGCUGUCCAACAGUGAGGCCAUCGAGUGCAUCACGCAGGGCCGUCAGCUGGAGCGCCCGCGCACCUGCCCCCAACAAGUUUACGAUUUGAUGCGCGGCUGCUGGCAGCGAGAACCCCAACGCCGCACGCUCAUCAAGGACGUCCACGCGCGCCUCCUGGCCCUGGCCAAGAACCCACCCGUCUACCUGCGUGUCCUGGCCUAGCGUUGUCCAUGGGUAACUUCAACGAUUUUUUUUUUUUUUUUUUAAGUCUCAUGGAGAACAUUUGGUUUACUAUUUACUCAAGCGCAGAUGGAUUGGAUUCUCAUUAUCAUUUUAAUUGUACCUUUAACAAAGGAAGCCUUUAUAGGGCAAGGGACUAUUUUUAGUACGGUCAUUUUCUGACUAUAAGGCACCCUUUCAUUUUUUUUCCCCCUCAGAAAUUGAAGGUGGCCUUACAAUACGGCUUUAUGUAUGUACGUAUCUGGUUAAGCUUAUUCUACAGCUCCAUCAAAUUCAUAAUUGAAACCCAUAAUAAAUUUAUGAAAAUGUUAAAAGAACAAAUGAGAAAUGCAGUAAAUUGAUGCACAAAUGGGCCCGAUGUAUGAAAAUAAAAGCUUGCAAUGCCAUUGUGAAGACUUUCAAAUUGAUAUGUCAGACCCAUAACGUGUUAUGGUAACGUACUUCCAAAAUAAAGUGUUAAACUCAAAUUCACAUGCUCCUGUAUAUACAUCCAAAGUAAACGAUUUCCAGUGUAGCCCUUCAAAAUAAAGCCUCACCCAUGUAACUGGCUGAUGGCAUGAAGGCCUUCAAAAAAAGGUCCAGCAUUGAGAAGUGUAUCCCUCCAAAAUAAGGCCUCACCAAUGUAACUGAUGGCGUAAACGCUUUCAAAAUAAAAGCCUCGCAUUCAGGAGUCGAACCAUUCAAAAUGAAGCCUGACCCGCGUACCUGUAUGAUGAUCAAAUAAAGCCUCACCAAUGUUACUGACGGCGUAAAGGCUUUCAAAAUAAAAGCCUCAGAUUAAGAAGUGUAGCCCUUCAAAUUAAAGCCUCACCCAUGUACCUGUCUGAUGGCGUGAAGGCCUUCAAACUAAAAGCCCCGCAUUUAGAAGUGUCGCCCUUCAAAAUAUCUCACCCACAUAACUGACGGCAUAAAGGCCUUCAAAAUAAAAGCCUCGCAUUUAGAGGUGAAGCCCUUCUAGAUAACAUCUCACCCAUGUACCUGACGGCGUAAAGGCCUUCAAAAUAAAGUUCCAGCAUUGAGAAGUGUAGCCCUCCAAAAUAAAGCCUCACAAUGUAACUGACGGCGGAAAGGCUUUCAAAAUAAAAGCCUCACAUUCAGGAGUGUAACCCUUCCAAAUAAAGCCUGCCCCCUGUACGAUGGCAUGAAGGCUUUCAAAAUAAAGCCUCACCAAUGUAACUGACGGCGGAAAGGCCUUCAAAAUAAAGUUUCAGCUUUUAGAAGUGUAGCCCUCCAAAAUAAAGCCUCACCAAUGUAACUGAUGGCGUAAAUGCUUUCAGAAUAAAAGCCUCACAUUCAGGAGUGUAACCCUUCAAAAUAAAGCCUGCCCCAUCUACCUGUACGAUGGCGUGAAGGCUUUCAAAAUAAAGCCUCACCAAUGUAACUGACGGCGUAAAGGCCUUCAAAAUAAAAGCCCCGCAUUAAGAAGUGUAGCCCUUCAAAAUAAAGCCUCACCCAUGUAACUGACGGCAUAAAGGCCUUCAAAAUAAAAGCCACGUUCUGAAGCCUUAUCGACUGUAAAUAUUUUCAAAGUAAAAGUGCUGUGAGUUUCAAUCCCGUCCUGCCUUUUUGGUGCCCUUCAAAGUAAAGGUAUUGCUCCGUCUGUUUCCAAAUACAAGAUGUACAAAGCGUCAACGUGUAAAUAGUAAAUGUUGAUCCAUACAUGCUGUAGCACGUGUUUGGGGAAAAAAGGACAAUUUAAUUGUACUCUUCCAUCUAAAUAAAGUUCAU